CGCAUGCGCAGUGCCGGCCGUGCCCGGAGUCGGCUGCGAGCGGCAGAGACGAUGGCGAGCUGAGGGCGGCGGGACCCCCCCCCCCCCGCGGGUAACUAAGAGCACCCACUCCAAGGCCUGAGAAGCAUUGCCAUGGAGGAAGCAGAAGGGGAUGCUGAGCAGGCCGACCAGUGUCCGGGUGUCGAUGACACUGAGCCGCAAACAGGCAGCGCCCUGGGCGUCAUCAAGGAAGGCGUGGGCGAGGCCCUGAUCGAUUCCGAGGUGGCCAAGCGGGCCUGCGAGGAGGUGCUGGAGAAGGUCAAGCUCCUGCGGGGCGCCUCAGCCGAUACGGCCGAGGAGGCAGAGGCUGGCGCGCCGGUCGGUGUGCCCAACGGCAUCGCCAGUGACGGCGAGCAAGCCAGGAUCCGGGCGGAGGACGAGGCGGCGGGCAACACGGUGAAGAACGCCAGGAGGCGGCAGCGGUACAACUCGGCCAAGCAGUCGUGGCUGCUCCGGCUCUUCGAGUCCAAGCUCUUCGACAUCUCGAUGGCCAUCUCAUACCUCUACAACUCCAAGGAGCCGGGAGUGCAGGCAUACAUCGGCAACAGACUCUUCAGCUUCCGGCACGAGGAGGUGGACUUCUACCUGCCCCAGCUGCUGAACAUGUACAUACACAUGGACGAGGAUGUUGGUGAUGCCAUCAAGCCCUACGUGGUCCACCGUUGCCGCCAGAGCAUCAACUUCUCCCUGCAGUGCGCCUGGCUGCUGGGCGCCUACUCCUCGGACAUGCACAUCUCCGCCCAGCGCCACUCCCGCGGCACCAAGCUGCGCAAGCUCAUCCUCUCCGACGAGCUGAAGCCGGCCCACCGGCGCAAGGAGGCGCCGCCGGUCAGCUCUGCCGGCGACAUGGGGCAGUCGCCCUCCAAGCGGACGCACCAGAGGUCCAAGUCGGAUGCCACGGCCAGCAUCAGCCUGGGCAGCAACUUGAAGAGGACGGCCAGCAACCCGAAGGUGGAGAGGCAGCAGGAUGAGGCGUUUUCGUCCAGUAAUGAGAGUAUUGGUAGAGAUGACAGCACUCAACCUGCCAGAUUGGCACCAGAGAGGGAGUUCAUCAAGUCGCUCAUGGGCAUCGGCAAGCGGCUGGUCACCCUGCACACCAAGGAGCAGAAGACGCAGCGGCUGAUCUCGGAGCUGUCGCUGCUGAACCACAAACUUCCGUCCCGCGUCUGGCUCCCAACGUCUGGCUUCGAUCACCACGUGGUCCGAGUGCCCCAUAACCAGGCAGUGGUCCUCAACUCCAAGGACAAGGCGCCCUACCUGAUCUACGUUGAGGUGCUGGAGUGCGACAACCUGGAGGUCUCGCCCGUCCCCACCCGCAUCCCCGAGAACCGCAUCCGCAGCACGCGCUCAGUGGAGAACCUGCCUGGCUGCGGCUCGGGCUCCGGCCACGAGCAGCGGGCGCCCACCUUCACCACCGUGCCCAACUACGACAACGACGAUGAGGCCUGGUCCGUCGACGACAUCGGGGAGCUGCAGGUGGAGCUACCUGAAGCCCACACCAACAGCAGCGAUAAUAUCUCCCAGUUUUCCGUGGACAGCAUCACAAGCCAAGAGAGCAAGGAGCCGGUGUUUAUAGCUGCUGGCGAUAUCAGGCGACGUCUCUCAGAGCAACUGGCCCACGCACCCACCACAUUUAAACGGGACCCUGAGGACCCCUCUGCUGUUGCCCUGAAGGAACCGUGGCAGGAGAAAGUCGGGCGAAUCCGAGAGAAUUCUCCCUACGGCCACUUUCCGAACUGGCGACUGCUAUCGGUCAUUGUCAAGUGCGGCGAUGAUCUUCGCCAGGAGCUCCUGGCUUACCAGGUGUUAAAGCAAUUACAGGCCAUCUGGGAAGUGGAGCGAGUCCCGCUGUGGAUCAAGCCCUACAAGAUCCUGGUGAUCUCGGCGGACAGCGGGAUGAUUGAGCCGGUUGUGAACGCGGUGUCGCUCCACCAGAUCAAGAAGCAGUCCCAGCUCUCGCUGCUGGACUACUUCCUGCAGGAACACGGCAACUACACGACCGAGGAGUUCCUCUCCGCCCAGCGCAACUUCGUCCAGAGCUGCGCUGGCUACUGCUUGGUCUGUUACCUUCUGCAGGUCAAGGACAGGCACAAUGGCAACAUCCUGCUGGAUUCGGAAGGGCACAUCAUUCACAUCGACUUCGGCUUCAUCCUCUCCAGCUCACCCCGGAAUCUGGGCUUCGAGACGUCUGCGUUCAAGCUCACCAACGAGUUUGUUGACGUCAUGGGGGGCCAAGAUGGGGACAUGUUCAACUACUACAAGAUGCUGAUGCUGCAAGGGCUGAUCGCGGCCAGGAAACACAUGGAUAAGGUGGCUCAAAUUGUGGAGAUCAUGCAGCAGGGCUCCCAGCUUCCUUGCUUCCAUGGCUCGGGAACGAUCCGGCAUCUCAAGGAGCGUUUCCACAUGAAUUUGACAGAGGAGCAGCUGCAGGGACUGAUUGAGCAGAUGGUGGAUGGGAGCAUGCGAUCGCUGACCACCAAACUCUAUGAUGGCUUCCAGUACCUCACCAAUGGCAUCAUGUGAUCUCCUUACCCUCCCCCCCCCCCCCACACCCCCUCCACCUCCAGAGCAAGGAGGGAAAAGGAAGAAGAAGGAGCGGGGGUGGAGAGAGAGAGAGAGACACUGCAAUCUCUCGAUGACUGAGGGCAACUUCACUGUUUCCAGGCCUGAGACACAGUUGGAAUCCAACCCCCCACUCAGAUUGCCGGGGGAAGCAUCUGUAUCCAAGGACAAUUGAGAUCCUGUUUCUCCGCGGGAUCCAGAAGUGGGAACCACCUUUCACCUGGACCUCAUCCCCCUGCCGGAGGGAAUUGGAUCACAUCCGAAUUUUGCUCGACCUCACCUCAACGACAGAAUCCAUUUUCUCUCCACCCCCCCCCACCCUCCCUUCCACCCGUCUCCCCUCUCGUCUUGGAAAGCCUCUUGUUUUUUGAAGAGAGCCUUUUGUAUCAAAUCCAGGGCCGCCCCACACACUGAAGGGAGAGUAUCAAAUCCUGCUGGAACAUCUGGAGAAGGACAAGGAGAGUUCCUUGCAACCACUGUCCUAAACUUGGUAUUCCUGGAAAAUGUUCAUUCCUCAAUCAACCAUGUUCAUAUUAUAUAUAUUCCAGGUAAUAUAUAUAAUAUAUAAUUUUAAAGGUCUAAUUUGUCCAGUAAUUGCCAACAUUUGGGACCUUGCUCUGCUCAAACUGGCUGGACUCUUUCCUGCAUUUGGGCAGCAGAUGAGAAGAUGCUUGCCUUUGGCUGCAAAGUGUUUUGGGAGGCGGCGAGAAGCCCCUGUCUGAAUCCCUGCUGCAGUUGGUGUCCCUUCCAUCGGACCUCCACCUGCUGCUACUCCAAGAAGCACUACUGUGAGGAGAAACCAUCUCACUGACCCUCCAGGGCGGAGCUGUGUGUUGGCUCGGACCACCCCUUCAAGUCCCUGGCCACCUCAUGUUGAUUCCAACCAAGCACCAUUAACACUGCUCAGACUUUUCUCCCCCCCCACCCCACGUGUUUUUUCGUUCGUGUGUGUGUGUGUGUGUGUGUGUGUGUGUACUUUUUAAUUUAGUUGUUUUUUCCCUCAUUGGUAACCAGGACAUUCACGAGGUCAGGAGUGUAGAAAUGUCCUUGCUCUGUUUGUCCGUGCUUUAGUUUUCUCCAAUUAUAACAACUGUGACUAUUUGAUUGGCUGUGAAGCACUUUUGGGUGUCAUGAAGGUAGCUAUUGAAAUGCAAGUGUUUCUUCUUGGAUAGAGAGACGCAAGUCAAUUCAGAGGUACUGGUUUGGGGGUUUAUCUUUUUUUUGGUUUCUACUCCCUCAUUCAACGAGGUCUGCUCCCUGUGCGAUUGUCAUUUCGGUGUUCACACCCGCAAUAAGUCAGCCGCUUCUGUCCCAUUACUCAUCUCCACGGUGGAGCUGGAGCGGUGGUCGACGUCCUUUUGCUAAAACGCACGCCGUCCGGUGAGAAGGCACGAUGUUUUAUGUGUCCUCUCUGCCGACCGUCAUCCUUGGGAGUUGGUUCUAAGCCACACUUACCUCAAGCGUCCCAGCUUCAACGCUCUUGUCUGUCUUGUAGACUGCGUGUGGGGGUGGUGUUUUAGUCAGGCUUGGCAUUUCGAGGGUAAAAGGACAAAAAAAUAACUAACUGGGCGAUGAUCUGGGACCUGCUGCAUCUGAGGUCCAACCUCGGCUGUACGCCUCUUCUUGCCCCCACACCCCACCCCACCCCAACUGCGGUUCAGUUACCGACACUGACCUCCGAUUAGAACAAUCAAGGGGAUGUCAGGUGAUGAGCCUUCACGGCAACAGGGAGUCAUCUAGCAUCUCGGAUUGAGGUCACUCUCCACCUUGCUUCCCAUGGCUGAACAGUUGGCUUGCUUGCACUGUACUGUAGGAUCAUAAGGUAGAGACCAGACCCUCAUGUGGGACGGAGGAGGACGGAAUGGAAUUGGAUCAAUUGUUAGUCCAUCAAGAGGUGGAAACUCACUGAGAGUAGUUUGAGGUUCUCAUGAAGGCCACAUUGCAAUGGUUUUAGUGUCUCAACCUAUUGGCACACCAAACUGGGGUGGAUUAGAGUGAAUCGUACAAUUUAUUCCUGCUCUCAUUUUCUCCCUUCCACCCAACCCAACUUGCCCUCUCUUCAGGGAGGGCAGUGAAUGGGGAGACGGGACUUCCCAUCUCGCUGACGGUUUCAGUCUUCUGCUGAUGGGAAACUGGGCAAUGUGGGGUGUUUGUUAGUUUUCUUUCCCGUCAGGUGAGUCAGUUCUCCUUGCUGUGUCCCAUCCUCCCCCUCUUCCCGCUAUACAAGCCAGUCCUCCCCCUCCUCAUACAGCCAAUAACUGGCAGGGCAACUGCUCACUGUAGAGAAGCCGAAGGGUUGUAUGACUAUGUUGACUGUCUUUGCUCACCUGGCCCCAAAUGUGUCCCCGAAAUCCAAUCACCCUCUGCUUCCAUUGACAUUUUGAUAAUCACCUGGUUGUCCUGUGUCCCAGCCCGUUUACCCCAGAUGCAGCCCCCAUCAUGAUCAGUCCAACAGCUGAAAACCCCACAGUAUCUUGUCUUAGCUCCUGCUUUUCUUAUCCCAACAUCGAGAGGGGCAAAUGUUUGAGAGAUCCAAACGUUUCUUUGCAUGGACACAGCCAGUGUUUGAUCACCACUCACAAUCCGUUUAACGUCGGUCAUGGAUCACACACAGCUCUUGUAUUGCUCUCUGCAUACAUGAAGGCGCCUGUCAAGACAGAUUGCAGGACAUGUACGCGUGCACUGCAGCUGACAUGCACACACACAUGCUUGUGCACGCACAAACACGCGCGCACACACACACA